AUGAAGAAAAAAACCAGAGAAAUCAUCACAGAAAAAGAAAACAAAGAAAAGGAGGAAAACAAUGUGAGAAUCGUUUGCUAUGUUGUAAUAUGUGAAUUACAUCCGAGGAAAAAUCCCAGAACAUUCGGAUCAUCAAUAUCAUUCAGGCAAAAUAUGGAUUUACAACUAUUCUUGCAAGUACUAUCCUGCUGCGCAAUUGUUACCACAAUCGCUUUAUUCCUAUGUGGAAUCCCUAUAUGUAUAGAAAUUAUGAGAAGAAAAGGUACAAAGGAUAUAAGUGGAAUCCCAUUCCUGAUGGGAUUAUUAGGAGGUUCAUUUUGGUUACGUUACGGUUUCUUAAAGGACGAUUCGACGAUGAUCAUUGUGAAUUUGGUCAGCGUCUCGUUGUUCUCCAUCUACUGCUUAUUCUACUUGGCUUUCGCUAAUCCUAGAUGUGGUUUCGCAGCAAAAUUAACGCUAGUUUUAUCGAUGAUCGGUGCUAUGAUCGUAUUGGUCGAAUACAAUGCGAAUCUCAACUAUCUGGGCCUUGUCUGUAUGACAUUUAAUAUAAUGAAUUUUGGAUCUCCUCUAGCUGGUCUGGGUGUUGUUUUGCGGAAGCGUUGUUGUGAUACGCUACCGUUACCGAUGUGUGUUGCGAACUUACUCGUCUCAUCACAAUGGUUUCUUUACGGGAAUAUCGUCCGGGACACUUAUAUCAUGGUCCCGAAUGGAAUAGGAAUGGCGCUUGCAGUGCUUCAACUAAGUUUAUUCCUGAUAUUCCCACGAAAAGAGAAUGGGAAAUCGGUUGUGUCACAUGUUGCCGGGUUAUUUAUUACCCGUGAAGAAAAAGAUGUAGAAAAAGGUGACGUCGCUUCAACUCAAACGGUAUCAACGGGAAUUUCGUUAGCCAACGGGAAGACGUUGAUCCGAAAGCUCUCCGAAGCGCUUGAUAAAAAGUCAAAACGAUCGGAGAAUUCCGACGACGUCGAUCGAGACCGUAAAUUUCGCCAAAGAACAAGAAGUGUACCGGAUAUUUUGAAAUUUAAAUCGCUUUAG